GGGAGGCUCUGUUUGUUUUGUUUUUUUUUACCCGCGUAUGGAGGCUACAGUAGUCAGCUGUUAGAAACAGAGGGAGGAGCUGGAUGUGGUUCUGCUGGAUGACUCACUCUCCUGUCAGAGACUCGCUCAUUCAGUCUUUCGGUGUCGGUUGUGGGUGAAGGACGGGGAGGGGGGAGCGCGCUGCCUAUCAGAAGAGGCUCCCCUAAUCAAAGCGUUCUCCACUGGAGGGCGAGUGCUACAAGAGCACCGGGACGCUCCGGCAGGCUGGGGAGACGGGAUAGAGCAUCAGCUGGAGGACACACUGGCAGACAGAGUGAAAAAAAGAGAGAGAAAGAGAAAUCCCCAGCAGGACUCUGCUACGCAACGUCUCUGUCCGCCGACGGAUUACAGCCCAACGUCCGCCGCCGAAAUCACGCUGAGACAUGAACCUCUCCCGCUGAAAAAUAUUAAUGCUGAACUGAGUGCACCGGUGCUCUCUUCCAGUGCUUCCCCUCCCCUCAGUGUUGUGUCCCACUGUCUGUCACCUGGAUUGUGAGCAGCCAUGACAAAGUCCUAUGAGUUCAACUGGCAGAAGCACCUGCCUGAGUUCAUGCAAGAAGGUGCCUCCUUCGACAGGUUUGAUGAGGACCCAUACCUGUUUGAGCCCAACUGUCAGAUGAAGGUGGAUGAAUUUGGCUUCUUUAUCACAUGGAAGAGUGAAGGAAAGGAGGGCCAGGUUCUCGAGUGUUGUCUGAUCAACAGUAUCCGUGUCGGUGCCGUCCCUAAGGACCCAAAGAUCCUGUCCUCAUUCGAGGCCAUAGGAAAGACGGAGGCCGACCUGGAGGGAUGCAUCAUCUGCAUCUGCAGUGGCACUGACCUGGUCAACCUGAGCUUCAUGUUCAUGGUGGCAGAGAGCCCCGACACAGCCAGGAAAUGGAUUGAGGGUUUGAGGUCGGUGAUCCACAAUUUUAAGGCCAACAAUGUGUGUCCAAUGACAUGCCUCAAGAAACAUUGGAUGAGGAUGUGUUUCUUGACCAAUGUCAACGGGAAGAUCCCUGUUAGAGGUAUCACAAGAACCUUUGCAUCAGGGAAGACAGAGAAAGGGAUCUUUCAGGCUCUGAAGGAUCUAGGUCUUCCCAGUGGAAAGAAUGACGAGAUUGAACCCUCGGACUUCACCUUUGACAUUUUCUACGCGCUGACACAGAAGAUCUGCCCUCGCACAGAUAUAGAGGAGCUCUUCAAGAAAAUCAAUGGGAACAAAACAGAUUAUUUAACUGUAGACCAGUUAGUCAGCUUUCUGAAUGAAAACCAACGUGACCCGAGGUUAAACGAGAUUCUGUUUCCAUUUUACGACCCAAAAAGAGCCAUGCAGAUCAUCGAGAAAUAUGAAAGGGACGAAGAGCUGAAGAAAAAAGGUCGCAUGUCGAGUGACGGGUUCUGUCGGUACCUAAUGUCAGACGAAAAUGCUCCGGUGUUCCUGGACAGACUAGAGCUGUACCAAGACAUGGAUCAGCCUUUGGCUCAUUAUUUUAUCAGCUCCUCCCAUAAUACAUACCUGACAGGAAGACAGUUUGGAGGGAAGUCAUCUGUGGAGAUGUAUCGCCAGGUCCUGCUGUCUGGAUGCAGAUGUGUGGAGCUGGACUGCUGGGAUGGCAAAGGGGAGGAUCAGGAACCCAUCAUUACUCACGGCAAGGCCAUGUGCACAGACAUCCUGUUCAAGGAUGUGAUCCAAGCAAUCAAGGAGACGGCGUUUGUCACAUCUGAUUAUCCUGUUAUUUUAUCCUUUGAAAAUCAUUGCAGUAAACUACAGCAGUACAAGAUGGCCAAAUACUGUGAGGAGCUCUUUGGCGACUUCCUUCUCAGGCAGCCUCUGGAGAACUACCCAAUGGAUCCUGGGCAUCCUUUACCUUCACCCAAUGACCUGAAGAGAAAAAUCCUAAUAAAGAAUAAGCGAUUAAAACCUGAAGUGGAGCAGAGGCAACUUGAAGCUUUAAAGAAGCAUAUGGAGGCCGGCGAGACCAACACUCCUGCCAUCAUUAUGGGAGAAGAGAAUGAGGACGAUGCCGAGAAUGGGGAAAAAGAAGCUGAAGAUAAAGAUUUGAAUUCAGAGGCUCCCAGCAUUCUGUCAGAAGUCACCAGUGACAAAGAGUCGAACAGUGUUUCCCAGAGUAACGCCAUCAGCUCUGGAAAAGAGGAAGAGCGCAGCAACAGCAUCAAAAAGGUACCUGAUGAUGAGGUCACAGAGAUUUCUGAAGCAACAGAUGCCACAGAUAUCUCUGAGGCAUCUGAUCAAGACAACAACAAGAAGGGCGGAGAUGUGGCAGAGGACUCUGAGGAGGCUCUAAUAGCGCAAUAUAAAUAUGAGUCAGCCACCACAAAUAUCCACCCGUAUCUCUCAGCCAUGGUCAACUAUGCACAGCCGGUGAAGUUCCAGGGUUUUGAUGUUGCAGAAGAGAGGAAUAUCCACCACAACAUGUCAUCCUUUAACGAGUCAGUGGGCCUGGGUUAUCUGAAGACCAACGCCAUCGAGUUUGUCAACUACAACAAGCGUCAGAUGAGCCGUAUCUACCCCAAAGGAGGCAGGGUGGACUCCAGUAAUUACAUGCCUCAGAUCUUCUGGAACGCAGGCUGCCAGAUGGUUUCCCUCAACUUCCAGACCCCAGACCUGGCCAUGCAGCUGAACCAAGGAAAGUUUGAAUACAACGGCUGUUGUGGGUACCUGCUGAAGCCAGACUUCAUGCGUCGGUCAGACAGGACGUUUGACCCGUUCUCUGAGACGCCGGUGGAUGGCGUCAUUGCAGCAACCUGCAGCGUCCAGGUCUUCUCAGGACAGUUUCUGUCUGACAAAAAAAUUGGCACAUACGUUGAAGUUGAUAUGUACGGCUUGCCUACGGAUACAAUUCGGAAAGAGUUCCGCACACGCAUGGUGAUGAACAAUGGACUGAAUCCAGCCUACAACGAAGAGCCAUUUGUUUUCAGAAAGGUAAUCUUACCAGAUCUCGCGGUGCUGCGCAUCGCAGUGUACGACGACAACAACAAGCUGAUUGGCCAACGCAUCCUGCCUCUGGACGGCCUGCAGGCUGGCUACCGUCACAUCUCCCUGAGGAAUGAAGGCAACAACCCUCUGUCGUUGCCGACUGUCUUCUGCCAAAUCAUCCUCAAGACCUACGUGCCCGACGGCUUCGGAGCUAUUGUGGAUGCUCUAUCAGAUCCAAAGAAGUUUUUGACCAUAGCGGAGAAGAGAGCCGACCAGAUGAAGGCCCUGGGGAUCGACACGAACGACAUAGCAGAUGUUCCCAACGGAAGCUCAAAGAAUGACAAGAAGGGAAAGGGAAAAGGAGACACAGGGAAAGCCAGUGUGACACAACAAGCCAGCUCAGAUAUGGGCCAGACCUCCAAUUCUAUCCAAAACAACACAAACGAAAACAAGAAGGAUGCUGCGCUUGUGCCUAAUGUGAGCAUUGAUGACUUAAAGCAAAUGAAGAGCUACCUAAAGCUGAUGAAAAAGCAGCAGAAGGAGCUCAACGCUUUAAAGAAGAAACACUCAAAGGAUCAAAAUGCAAUGCAGAAAGCCCAUUGCACCCAGGUGGAUAAGAUGGUGUCCCUCCAUGAAAAGGAAAAGACUAAUCUGGAGAAACUGUUGGAGAAAGCCAUCAAGAAACGAGGGGAGAACAACUGCCAAGAGCUGAAGAAGGAGACAGAAGAUAAGAUCCAGACUCUCACUACGGAUCAUAAAGCGAAGGUGAAAGACAUCACAGCACAACACACUAAGGAGUGGUCGGAGCUGAUCAGUAGUCACAGCAGUGAAGAGCGCGAGGUGAAGGACAGUCAUGUUACCCAGCAGUGUGAACACCUCAAGAAGCUCCUUUCUAGUGUCCAGGAGCAGCAGACCCUGCAGCUCAAACUCAUUCAUGAAAGGCAAAGCAAAGAGAUGCGUGCCAACCAGGCCAAGAUGUCCAUGGAAAACAGUAAAGCAAUCAGCCAAGACAAAAGUAUCAAAAACAAGGCAGAGCGAGAGAGGAGAGUGCGGGAGUUAAACAGCAGCAACACCAAGAAGUUUUUGGAUGAGAGGAAGAGGUUGGCUAUGAAACAUCAGAAGGAGAUGGAGCAGCUGGAGAAAAAUCAGAAGGAGCAGUUGGAUAAACUGGAGAAGCACAACGAGCAGCUUUUGAAAUCACACCAUGCAAACAAACAGGUUCAAGGCCAAGGACAUCCAGCAGAUGGUGAAGUUGGAGGAGGAGAUGGAUCGCAGACCUGCCACGGUGGUUUGAGCGACUGACCGAGUCACAGGCCCACACACGUACACUGACACACACACACACACAGAGCGGUGCAGAAACACUUUCCCUGCAGGACAUCCUCGACAGUGCAGAGAUCAUUCUCUCUAAACAGUCUAAUGUUAAUCUAAUCCUGACUCAAACAUGUGGAAGCUUUUUUCCUUUGUUCACCCCAGCCACACCUCGUGUCUUCUGCACUUUUUAUCCUGCCAAUCAACUUUGUACCACUGAGCCAUUGCUGCUUGUCACUGUUCCACCGAGGGCGUGGCCACUUCGAUCGUCGACAGGAAACGUUACUUUGCGGAUCAAGCGACAAAAACAGACACAUCCCUUCCUCCUCCACAGUGCGUAGAUCUCAGCGAGUCGUUGACUGCAGCGAGUUUUCUACACGGUAAAAGCUUCAGCUGUUGGUAGAAUCAAGCACAUGCAUCAUGGUUCACACACAGCAGAUAUCUAUUCCUGUUUUAAUUGGCACCCAAUAAACUCAUAGUUUCUCUGUGUGUAAAGAGGGGAGAGGAGGUGCUCGACUUUGUUACUCCAGCACAAGUGAAUAAACUUUGUGAAAUACACUGUACACACACCACCAGUCCUGUCCUGAGCACUUUGUAUAUGAUAGGUUGUUCAAUGUGGGAAAUGUAGCAGUGCACUACUGUAUGUUUCUAUGUCUUUCAGUAAGAAUGUAUUAAAACACCAAACUAUUAAAAGGUAACUCUUAGAGAGAGGACCCCUUCCUCACCAAUAUUGAUGUCUUGUUGAGUUGGAUACCUGUAAAGGGAUGACGGGUAAUUAAUCGCAUCAGUUAUUUCUAAUAUUCAGCCAGAUUUUUCUGUUGAUUUACUAUUUGAUACAGAAAGUCAAAUAGGUGGUGCAAUAACUUUCGCACAGACUUCAUUUAUCAGAUUCCAGCUGAAUACAUCUCUCAUAUUCAAUAAAUCUGAAUAUUAUCGAAAAGCUCAUUUGUUUUAGGAACUCAAUUCACCAAGUUAGAUACACUAAUGCUUUAAACCUUUGUUACUUAUGAUGAUUUUCCACCUGCAGCUAAUCAAAACAUGACAUUUAAGAUUAGAAUAUCACAUUGGACCAAUAAAAAAAAGCUGUAAUGCAGAAUUGUGGGCUUAAUGAAAAGACCAAUUAUAAGACCUGCUUACAAGGUUGCUAAUUUUCUAAAUCUACUUUCAAUCUGUCAAAUAAGGUUCACUGUAUCACAGAUUCUAAUUUGAGUAUAAAUCAAUAAAUUUAUACGGGAUCAUACGUACUGUGCAAAAGUAAAUUCGUCCCCCCAAACAAAAAAAAAACAAAAAAAGAUCUUGUGAUAGUUUUGUCUGGUAACACAUGAAUAAGACUGUCAUAACACCGUCAAACACGACAUAACACCUGUCAUGAAUAUUUGUCAUAAAGUGUCAUUCAGUAAAUAAUUACACUUUUAAUUCAGUUGACAUUAUUCAAAAUGUCUUUGUUAUGACGACUUGACACUAACCAAGAAAUCAUAAUCUGACAUAAGUUUGUUAGAAAAGUAUUACUGAUUAAACUUUAGCUUAAAUAACAAAGCUUCAUCAUUUUUAAAGUUUGAUCAUGGAUACUUUUAUAACAAAUUCAUGUCAAUUAUAAUUUCAUGGUUAAUGUCAAGUUAUCACAACAAAGACAUUUUGAAUUAUGUCAACUUUGAUUUAAAAGUGUCAUGAUUCACCGAAUGACACUUUGACAGUCAUAAAUAUUCAUGAAGACUCACUCGUGAAGUCAUAAACAUGUUAAGUCGCGUUUAUGACGGUGUCAUGACAGUCUUAUUCACAAAGUGGUACCUUUUGUCUAAAGGUGACCCAACCAGAGGGUCAAAUACAGAAAGAAGUAACCAAAAAGUGGUGUGUUUUUAUACUUUUUUUUUUUUUUACAUUACCAGAGGCAAUAAAAGCUAUUUCAAGAUAAAGUGGAACUUUGUUUUGCAUUACACACUUGUUUUAGUUUGUAGACUUAAAACUCCCUUUAAAAUUGAGCCUAAUUGCACCAGAAUACUGUUUGUGGGUUUAUAGAUGGCUUUCAUCUACAACCCUGACCAACAUAAAUACAGAAAAGAAAUGGCAUCCAAAUGUUUACCCAAAUGAUAUAAAGACUUCAUAUAAAAUGUUAAAGGGGGACAAAAGCUAUAGUUGGGAUUUUGGCCUUUUACAGAGAAUGUUUUUUUUUUUUUCCCUGUUUUAUUCUGCUGUAAAAAAUAAUGGUAGAAGAGAUGUUUAUGUAUAUAUUCUGUUGGAAUGUACUUAAAUGACUUGUCUUUCUGACCAGCGUUUCUUUUAAGAGCUUGGGGACAGACUGUCAUGUUGGGGAAAGACAUUUAUCAUUUACCUCUGUUUGUUGUUUUUUUUUUAAUCCUUUUGUUUUGUUUCCCUUCACUGCACCACGUCACACAAUCUAAAGCUCACCACAUAUCUAGAACAGAGAAAAUAAAUGAGUAAAAAGUGCUUUUACAGUUUAUUCCAUCGCUUUCAGAUGUGCCACUCAGUGUCUGCUAGGAUGUUUAAAUUAUUUUAUGAAUGAUAAAAUGCCAAAUUAAGGGGUUAUUUGUAUGAAGGUAUAUAUAUAAAUAUAUAUUAUAUAUAUAUAUAUAUAUUAGAUAAUGUGUAGUUUAAGAUUAUUAUGUUAGAGGCUUUUUUGCACUAGUUGUUUCUGAUGUGUGAAAACUUGCAACCUUGGAUUUUGAGUUUGUCCUAAAUGGGAAAAAAAAAUAAAAAAUUUUUUGCAGAGCAACAUCCCUGAUUUCAUUUCCUUAGUUUCUACUGUAUCGCUUUGUUUUCUAUUUGAAUUGUAGCUUGUCAACAGACAUUCUGUGUGUGUUUUUGUAUUUAUAUUGUACUGUUGAACUUAUAGCAUUAACAAUACUGUUGUUAUCCAGCUCCUUUAAUACUGUUUUAUAGUAUGUGUAUCAAUAAAUCCAGGUGUAAAAACAAGACAUUCA